AUGAGUAAAGAGAUUAGACAAUUUGUCGAAACCUGUGACAUAUGUGCGCAACAUGGCCACAACAAACAGCCCAAAGAACCACUAAUUAGUUAUCCUCUAGCCACAAGACCAUGGGAUCUGUUUGUCAAUAAUGAGAGAAAUUACCUUGUUACUGUGGAUUACUUCAGUACCUUUUUUGAAGUUGAUUACUUAACAGACACAUCUUCAUCGACUGUUAUCACCAAAUUGCAACACCACUUCGCACGUCAUGGAAUUCCAGAUCAGGUGGUCAGCGAUGGAGCUUCAAAGCUUUUAGCACAGCAUGGGGAUUCCAGCAUAUCUUUUCUAGUCCAGGUAACAGUCAAUCCAAUGGGGCAGCAGAGGCUGCUGUUAAAGUAG